AUGUCUUCUCUAGAAUUAAAUCACCUCGACGACGCGGCUCUGUCGGAAGACGUCCAUCGCGACUCCUUCUCCAGAACCCAACACCACCCAACCACCCAAAGCCUCGCACCCAUCGAUGGCGGUCUUCAAGCUUGGCGAGUCCUCCUAGCAGCCUUCAUGUUCGAAGCCAUUCUCUGGGGCUUCCCCCUCUCCUUCGGCAUUUUUCAGGAGUACUAUUCAACCAUUCCGGAGUUUGAGGGCUCUCCGUACAUCACUUACAUUGGUAGUAUAGCGACUGGGCUUUGUUAUAUGGGUGCGCCUUUGAUGGCGCCACUUGUCAAGAGGUAUGCGAUGUAUAGAAGGUAUAUGGUUGUGGGGGGUUGGUUGAUAUGUCUGGGGAGCUUGGUGGCGGGGAGUUUUGCUGAUGAGAUGGGGGCUUUGAUUGUGACGCAGGGAGUCAUGUAUGGUGUCGGUUACCUGAUCAUCUUUUAUCCUGUGGUUAGUAUGGUCAAUGAAUGGUGGGUGGCUCGCCGCGGCCUUUCCUGGGGUAUUCUACUGGGCUCUUCUGGCGCUUCUGGGGUCGCUUAUCCAUUCAUUAUCGAGGCUUUACUGCACAAGUAUGGCUAUAAGACUACUCUACGAGCAAUGGCUGUGGCGACAGUCAUCAUGACAGGUCCACUGCUGCCCUCCAUGAAAGGACGCUUGCCAGCUUCUCACAGCAGCAGUCUCGCAAAGACGGACUGGAGCUUCAUGAAGCAACCGAUCUUCUGGUUAUACAUUCUGUCAACCACAUCGCAGAGUCUGGGCUUCUACUUGCCUAGCUUAUACCUGCCUUCCUAUGCCUCGACUGCCGGCUUGGACUCCAGACUCGGAGCUAUGCUGAUCGCACUCAUGAAUGUGUCUUCAGUUGCAGGGCAAUUCACUUAUGGCUACCUAUCUGAUGGUCGAAUACCGCUGAACAUGCUUUUACUAUCCACGAUGUUGGUCUCGACAGUCGUCGCAUUGACGUUAUGGGGAUUGGCAAAGUCUUUGGUCACGUUGGUCAUCUUCGCAUUGAUAUACGGCUUCUUUGCAUAUGCAUUUCUUGCUAUGCGGGUCAGGAUGGGUACUGCUGUUGCGGCAGAGCAGAGCGAUACCAUGGUCAUGUUCUGCCUUUUCUCGUUCGCUCAAGGCAUUGGCAACGUAUUGGCAGGACCUAUAAGUGGCAUGCUCUUAACGCCAUAUGUCGAAGUACACGAGUAUGGCUAUGGAAGGUACAAGACUUUGAUCGUCUUCACUGGUGCGGCAAUGUUCACGAGCGCCAUCUUUGCAGGUCUGGCGCAUCUGGUGCCAGCGAAGCGCAAUACAAGAUGA